AUGGAUAAACUCCAACAUAGAGAAUUGAGAAAGAUAACAGUAGUAGUGGAACCAAAUACGCCAAACCAUAGAAUAAGUAUACCUACGGAACCCAACCAACUCGCCCACCUUUUUGACAAAGCCGAUACGAGUAAUUUAGACCCGGUUUCAAUAGUGUGCUACGAAAGACUUACUGGAAAUGCGAAAGAACGAUUAAAACUCAGAAAAAGCACCAAAGGAACCACCGAACCCGAAGAAGAAUCAAAUGAAACUUGUCAAAACUCGACGAACGAAAGAACCUACCUAAAUACGACAAAGAACCCACCGAAAAAAAAGCGUCAAAAUUCGACGAAAGAACAUACUGAAAUCACCGAAAAAAAAGCACUAAAUUCUACGGAAGAACCUAUUGGAAACGCGAAAGAACCACCGAAACCCGACGAGAGAAUGCACCUAAAAC